AUGUCGCCAUAUCAACAAAUCUUCUCCACGAACGCGAUCCUGAGCGUAUGGCGCAAUCUACGCACCAGCCGUGAUAACAAUGACCUGUAUCUUACGCUUCAGUAUCAUGCCGAUGAUGCGCGGGGCCAAAGUAGCAAGAAGUAUGGCAAGAGCAGUGCAGUCGAGUCUACACAGGACGGGACAGAUGGAAAGACGGUCGAUGUUGGCGGGAAGAGCAUCGGCUUCGUGGUGCCAUGGCGAAGCAUGCAGGCCCAGAGAAGGGAGCUGAGAGAGAAGGAGAAGGAGCUUGCUGAGGCCUUGGUGGUUCUUGCUGGAGAGGUUGCGUUUACCGACCUGUCUCCAACCCUGCAAUCAUCUCUCACGCAAAACCCCCUCAUCCAAAUCCGCCACCUCGCUGCUGGACUCUCGCGCCAGAUGUCGAAGAUCGAGCUUCAAAUGGCCGACAACGCGCCUUUCGCAAACGGCAAGAAUCUAUACACGGGCGGCGAGAUAGCACAGAGAUUCCUUCCGACUAUCCAAACUCUGUUCGAGCAACGGCCCAUACCACAGCGCAUGAUCUUCGAGCUCUUGAUGGAGCUAAAAGACUUGGUGUAUAUGGGCAUGGCAGGGUGCGAGAAAGAAGUGCUAGAGUGGGAACUAGAUGGCGCGGGCAUCGGAGCACUAGAGGAGUUGGACGAUGCGAUUGUGCGGGCAGUCACACCUGCUGUGCCGGCUAUAGAAAGUGUACAGGGACAAGAAAAGGAGCCAGGACACAAGAGACUGCUUAGACGCAAGGCGUCAUCCAUGUCCGUCAUAUCGUCGCAGCAACAACCGCAGCAAUUCUCCCUCCUCGCUGCCCCAGAAGAUCUCCUCUAUGCCCUAGAGUCUCUCGAAACAACCGCCCUCGCACUAACGCACCUCCCCAUCCCCAUCCAAGACUUCUCCGCCCAUGCUAUCAUCACGCUCCGGCGUCUCGCACCGCGCCAGACCCUCUCAGACUUCUCACAACACAAGAAGAGGAGAACGGGGAGGUGUGCAGAGUAUGCACGCUGUAUGAAAUGGGCGGGUACGUCAUGGCGUCAAGGCGGCGGAUGCAGGCGUGGGUGUAAGAACGAAGACGAGGAUCCGGAGAACUUGCCCAGUUGGCACAGGAGCAGUCGGUGGUUUGAUGAGAAGGGGAGUGGGACGGUUAUGGUUGGGGGUGGAAGGGCAAGGGCAAGGGAUGACAGUGCUGUGAAUAUGAGAUUGGGUCCAUGA